GCCGCCGAGCCCCGCGGGGCAGGAGGACCUCGGGGUGAUGUAUUUCACGCUUUGCUCCUUUCUACUUUCUCUUCCUGGUUCCAGGCACUCGGAAAAUUGUCCUGCAGUUCAUUGUUAAGACUGUGCUUUGGAAACAAGAUAGGAAAUAGGACACCCAAUCUUGACAUGGAAUGCACUUUGUAAUGAGGGAUGCUUAUCCUUGCGUCCGUGUUGGAUUUUGACUGUGGGAGUUCAGUACAUCGCAGCGAUUGCUGUCUUUCCUCAGCACUUUAGCGAGAAACGAAAUAAAGCAAUGAGGAGAUUUGUUUACUGCAAGGUGGUUCUAGCCACUUCUCUAAUGUGGGUGCUUGUGGACGUCUUUUUACUUCUGUACUUCAGUGAAUGCAAUAAAUGUGAUGACAAGAAAGAGAGGUCUCUGCUGCCAGCUUUAAGGGCUGUCAUUUCUCGAAGCCAGGAAGGACCUGGAGAGAUGGGCAAGGCUGUUCUCAUUCCUAAAGAUGACCAGGAGAAAAUGAAAGAGCUGUUUAAAAUCAACCAGUUUAAUCUUAUGGCCAGUGACUUGAUUGCGCUUAACAGGAGCUUGCCCGACGUGCGACUGGAAGGAUGCAAGACCAAAGUCUACCCUGACGAGCUCCCAAACACAAGCGUAGUUAUUGUGUUCCACAACGAAGCCUGGAGUACCUUGCUUCGGACUGUUUACAGCGUCAUAAACCGGUCUCCGCGUCACCUGCUUGCUGAAAUCAUCCUGGUCGACGAUGCCAGCGAAAGAGAUUUUUUGAAGGCCUCACUAGAGAACUAUGUGAAAAAUUUGGAAUUGUCAGUAAAAAUUAUCAGGAUGGAGCAGAGGUCAGGACUGAUCCGUGCUCGGCUCAGAGGCGCCGCAGCUUCCAAAGGCCAGGUCAUAACUUUCCUCGAUGCGCACUGCGAAUGCACGGUGGGCUGGCUGGAGCCCCUCCUGGCGAGAAUAAAGGAGGACAGGAAAACUGUUGUCUGCCCAAUCAUUGAUGUGAUCAGUGAUGACACGUUUGAGUACAUGGCUGGGUCCGAUAUGACUUAUGGAGGGUUUAACUGGAAACUUAAUUUUCGCUGGUAUCCAGUUCCCCAGAGAGAGAUGGACAGGAGAAAAGGAGACAGAACCUUGCCUGUGAGGACCCCUACUAUGGCUGGUGGCCUAUUUUCUAUUGACAGAAACUACUUUGAAGAGAUAGGAACUUACGAUGCAGGAAUGGAUAUCUGGGGUGGCGAGAAUCUUGAAAUGUCUUUUAGGAUUUGGCAGUGUGGCGGCUCCCUUGAGAUUGUGACGUGCUCGCACGUUGGCCAUGUGUUUCGUAAGGCAACACCAUACACUUUCCCUGGUGGCACAGGACAUGUCAUCAAUAAGAAUAACAGAAGACUGGCAGAGGUCUGGAUGGAUGAGUUUAAAGACUUCUUUUAUAUAAUUUCACCAGGUGUUGUUAAAGUGGAUUAUGGUGAUGUAUCAGCAAGAAAAGCACUAAGAGAGACUCUGAAGUGUAAACCCUUCUCGUGGUACUUAGAAAACAUCUAUCCAGACUCCCAGAUUCCAAGACGCUAUUACUCACUUGGUGAGAUCAGAAAUGUUGAAACCAAUCAGUGUUUAGACAACAUGGGCCGCAAGGAAAAUGAAAAAGUGGGCAUAUUCAACUGCCAUGGCAUGGGAGGGAAUCAGGUAUUUUCUUACACCGCUGACAAAGAGAUUCGCACGGAUGAUUUGUGCUUGGAUGUUUCAAGACUCAACGGCCCUGUGAUCAUGCUGAAGUGCCAUCAUAUGCGAGGGAAUCAGCUGUGGGAGUACGACGCGGAGACCCAUACCUUUCUUCAUAUAAUCACGCAGUCGUGUCUGACAAUAAGCAGAAUAGAGGAUGGCACCCAGGGUCCCACGGUGGAGGCUUGCAGUGGUAGCCCUUUGCAAGCGUGGAUGCUAAGGAACUACACAAGGCUGGAGGUCUUUAGAAACAUUUUUUACAGCCCCACUGAUUAUUUCCUUUAA